AUGCCAAAAUACGUUGCGUUAUCAGUUGACUUCCAACACCCCAAUGUUUGUUAUCAAUUAACACGUUUAAAUGGCAAUAAAGUGACGCUUGGUGCUCAUAUUGUUGCGAUUUCUAUGCACUCCCUGACUAUCGACGAUGCCGAAGAUUCAGAAACUGAAGUCUCGGACAACAUCCGUAGAAGAUCCACUAUUAAUCUUGGAAAUCAAAGGCAACGGAAUCUCCGUCGUAUCCGGUUGAAAGUGUAUAACUUCCUUGAAAAACCAUUGAAUGCAGCGUCAGCGCCAUAUCAUUUUUUUAUUUUUGGAUUAGUUAUUGCAAAUAUUAUACUGGGAGCUGCUACAAAUGACAAUGACAGUACUGUCUCAAAAAUUCACUUUUUCCUUGAAAUUUUCAUGAUAGUAUUUUUUAUCCUGGAAUUUGCUGUAAGGUUAUGGUCUGUUAGAGCAGAUGCAAAGUACAGAACUAAAUAUGGUCGAUUAUAUUACUUAUUCCACACAGUUACCCUUAUUGACAUUCUCAUCAUCCCAGCCACAAUUCUCUUGCUCGUUUUCAAGGGUCAUGAUGUCGACGGUUCCACCUUGGAUACCUUGCGUUUCAUCCAGAUUUUACGACUUUUCCAUGUCGAUCGCCAAAUGGCUACAUGGAAACUGCUAAGGAAAAUGAUUAUACUCGGAAAAUGGCAACUCAUGGCAACUUAUUAUAUAACUCUUGUUGUCGGAUUGAGUCUUGCAACCAUUGUAUAUUCUACUGAAGCAUUAGCUCAAGGAAUUCAAGACAACGGAUACGGUCUUAUUGUACCCGAGGGAACAAACGCAACGUUUCCAACAAUGGCCCAUUCAUGGUGGUUCACUGCUGUCACCGUCAUGACAGUGGGAUAUGGUGACAUAUAUCCGGUUGGAGCUCUUACCAAGUUUCUGGUUUGUGUGCUUGGCUUCAUUGCUUUUUGCACAUUCCAGGCUGCUAAUACCCAAAUAUCUGUUGGUCUCACGUUGAUGAUGGAAGAAGAAAACAAAAACCAACAGACGAACAGAUUACGAAAUCUGGCCGCUUCAACUAUUCAAUGCUGGUGGAGAUAUCAUUUGGCCACGAAUUGGAAACCUCCUCGUCGUUAUACAUAUUUCGUGCAUGUCUGUUACAAGCUCUAUGUUACCGAGGAGCGUAUUAAUCAGAAUAGAGUACUUGCGAAGAAACUAAGGGAAAAGUUGGAGAAAAAACGUCCUAUCAAGAAGAAGUCUCUCACGCAUCAGAACUCGGUAACGGCUGAAAUACUAAAAUUUGGGUUUAAAGGCAUGGCAAAGCCGAUGCUGGAAAAACAAGAUAGUUUUGAUAAGGCCGAACGGAAAAUUUCGUUAAGAAGAACUAGAAGUGAAGAUCGACGUUCCAGUCUGCCAGACACGCUAGCAGUUGUUGAUCCGGCUAUACGUAAACGAGUUCUAUUUGCGGAAGCUCGAAACAGCUCUGUUGAAACUUCGAUGUCCUCCUCUGUUGAUGUAUCCGAGUUGGAGACUCAAUUUGAAAUAACCAACUUUCUUGAACAGAAUGUCGAUGAGCUUAGCUCAAAAGAAGUAGACAUCAGCCUGCUUAUCAAAUAUCGUCCGCUUCUCCGUUUUUACUACUUUGUCAUGUUCCGUUUCAUAAUGAACAAGUUCCACACCCAACGUAUCGCCGGUCAACUCCUUAUGAUUGAAGCCGAAAUCGCCGAAAGGGAAAAUCAGCGCAAUCAGAAAAUGAAAGAACUGGAAGCUGCAAUUUUAGAGCUCACUGGAAAGCCAACCGUCUCGCCUUUUGACGAUUCCGGACAGAAGUUGUCAAUCAUUGAACGUUUGGAGUUUUGUGAAAAACGAAUGGAAGAUUUGGAACGGAAAACCGAUGCAUUGAACGAAAUCACCAUCAAGUGUCUCAACUUAAUGAUGAUGGACACCCAAGAAGCUGCGUCAAGGACAAAGGACGAGCAAGGUCUUCCGCCAAAACCUCCAAGUGCUAACAACAAAAAACAAAGAACCAUUGGACCGAGACGCCAGGUCACAAUUGUCGACCAGUACGACACGCUCGACGAUUGCGAAACAGUCAGCUUGGAUAGAGUCUAAUAAUUUUACGUCAUCAUUAUCACCACGUGCUCUAUCACUGCUACUCGAUUGUCAUUUAUUUCUUAUCUAUUCCCUUUUAACUAGAAGCUUUAUGUCUUCUCGUUUUUCUUCUGAUAGUGCUGAUAGCGCACGAAACUUCCAUCACUGAUCAGUAACUCAAAGUUUCAUAAUUUGCCAUUGAACUAACGUAACCCCAGAAAAUAAAUGAACUCACGUU